GAGUGUAUCAUCCGAGUUCCGAUUAGAUUUCAGUUCAACUCAAAACGUCGUUGCGGUGGGUGCAAACGCACCAUGCGCGAUCUAGCCAGUAAAAUGGCCGAGCUGAAAUUCGAAGCACCCCUAGCCCAAUUUGACGAUGGUGACGAAUGGGGCUCAAGCGAGUUCCAAAACGCGUUCAAGAACGAGCACAACAUAAACAAUAUCAACCUGACGAAGAAAACGAAAGAUUUAAGCGACGUUCUGAACGAAAACGAGGAAAUCAUCAAUAAUUCUACCCUUGAUACGAUAACACAGAACAAGAAAAAUAUACUGUCAAAUGGAGAGGUCCCUUCGGUUGCUGACAACUUCACCGAGACUUUCUCAGGCUCCCUGGAGGACCUAGUGAAUACCUUCGAUGACAAGAUAACCAAGUGUUUUGGGAAUUAUGAGGAAUCGGUGGAGAAACUUGCACCAGUGCAGGUUAGGACACAGGAGGAGAUUAUGAACGAAUGCCAAAUGUGGUGGACUAUAACAGGCAACUUUGGGAAUAUACUACCGAUAGAUUGGUCCAAAUCGUAUGCUAGGAAACUUCAUAUGCCUGCUCUUAAUUUGAACGAAAAGGGUUCCUCAACACCUGAAGAUGAACUAGAACUUUCAUCUGAAGACGAAGCUGUAGCGAGUGACUUGGAUAUGCACGCACUCAUUUUAAAUGGAAUUCACCAGGACACCGAGCCUUUGAAGACAGCAGACGAAGUCAUACAAGAAAUUGACGAUAUGAUGCAAGAAGAUUCAUGUUCAGAUGAAAACGGUGACUUGAUAGCCGAAAAUAACGAAGUUCUGGAAAAGGCUAAAGAAGUUCUCAGUUCACCUCUAUAUGAGGACAAGCUACGUGACCUCAGUUUAUCUCAACUGAACGAACUGUUUCUCGAACUAGAAGUUCUCAUCCGGGAGUUCUCAGAGACCUUAAUUUCGGAACUGGCUCUACGAGAUGAACUGGAGUAUGAAAAAGAGUUGAAGAAUACAUUCAUUUCACUAUUACUUGCCGUACAAAAUAAAAGACGACAGUAUCAUGUAGAGAAGAAGAGGAGUUCCAAAAAUAAUUCUGUGAAAACUCCCAAUGGACUUGAUCCUAAGUAUCUUACAACAGUAAUUCCGUACCAUUUAGAUAGUGGACCUCCAGAUAACCAAACUCUUCAAAUUCUCAUAAAAAUUCUGAAAGCCAUAAAUGAAGAUAGUCCAACUGUUCCAGCGUUGUUAACAGAUUACAUUUUAAAAGUUAUAUGUCCGACGUAAAGAACUUAUCUAAUAUUUAAAUUGAGAGAAGAGACACAGAAAACCUAGGUGGAUAUUAAUAAUUGAGAAUUAGAGUAUAAGGUUUUAGCUUCACGACUAUUGUAUAUUUUGUUUGCUGUUUUUAUUUAUCAGAAAAUAUGAAUUGAUGUUGAUAUUGUUCCUGUGUUUAUCGUUUUAAUGUUUUGUACAUAAAUAUUGGCUUAAAAUACUCUAGUCUAAUGAUUGUUUUGAAUUGACGAUGCAUAUGGUGAUAGAUGAAGAUGUUAUGCAUUUUAACCCCCUUUUUUUAUUACUUAUUUUUGAGAUCAUAUCUCACUUCAAUUUUUUAUAUUGAAUUUUGAUGUUCUCAAUGUAAUUUGACCUCAAUGUCAUUCUUGCCUUGAAAUAAUAAACUCUUCAUCUCCUGCAGUGAUGUAUUUCAUCUGCAGAAAUUCCGUCUAUAUCUAUCAACUUCUCUUAUUCUGAAAAUUUCCAUAAAAAAACAUUAAAUCGAAUUUAAUUUCUUGAGAAAUCCUUGCCAAAAUUGUGGAAGUAAAUGUAUCAUUUUGUAUGUCUGUAAUUUUGUUGAGUGUUUUGUGAUUUUGCUUCUAUAAUUAUAAUUAAAAUUAUUAUUUUGAAAUAUUUACAAAUUUUGCUGUGAAACUAUACUUCAUCGAAAAUAGAGAUGAAUCAAUAUUUUUAGCAAUUUUUAUGAAUGAUACAACAUUAUAAUUGUAGAAGGAAUUUGAAGAAAUGAACAUUUGAGACUGUUUUCAAUGAAGUAUAUAUUUUUAAAGAAGCACAUAAUCUUGAGUGCAAUAUGCACAUAAUUUGUAUUAUAUUUUCCUUACGAUUGUGUAUAAAGUGAUAAUAGCUUAUGUAAAAAAUUAUUUAUUCACAUCUUAAAAUACCUAUUAACAGCAAGUUAUUUCUUGCUGAUGUGCUUACAGAUGUUCUAGCUAAAAAUGGGCAAACCAACAUAGCUGAUUAAUUCAACUAAGGAAUUUCUUGUUAACAAUUACAGAAAUGUCGAGACUUAUGCAUUUAAUAUGAAUUUUGUCUGCCGAAAAUCUUUGUUAGAUCUCAAUAAAAAUUAAUCCAUAGAA